AUGAAUCGAUUCAAGUUUGGUGAUUCUGACGAAUCUGGUUCUGAUUUCGAUGAGGACUCAUCGAGUCUCCCCUUCCCCGAACCUCUAUCCCGCACUUCAUUCCUCGCCCCUGAUUUCGAUCCGGCCACUUUCCUUGCCUCCUUGACGAAUCGUCACCAGAGUCUUGAAGAUCUUCGCCAGGAAUUGCGCGGACUUGAACAAGUACUCAACAAAGAGCUAUUGGACCUAGUCAAUGAGAAUUACCAGGACUUUCUCUCCUUAGGGACCGCACUCCGCGGAGGAGAGGAGAAGGUUGAAGGAGUCAAGGUGGGCUUGUUAUCUUUCCGCCUGGAUGUGCAAUCGCUUCGUGACAAAGUGGAAGAUCGUCGCCGAGAGGUUGAAGGGCUAUUGAAUGAGAAACGUCGACUUCGGUCCCAUGCGGAUAUCGGCAAGAGUCUACUAGACUAUGCUGAUCGGGUGGAGGAACUGGAACAUCGCUUGAUGAUAGAGGAUGAAUCUGCCUCUCAAGGUCCGUCUCUCAAUGGAGAAUCUGAUACGGAAUCCGAUAUGUACGACAGUGCUAGCGAUGCGACGGAUGACGAUGACGAGCUGGAGGAUGGUACAGCACUUGUGUCAUUGAAGCGACUGGAGCGCCAUGUCCAGAAAUAUGUGUUCCUAGAUUCAAUUGCCUCAGCAGUAGGGAAGGAUCAUCCCUUUUUGCAGGCUCAACGGCCCCGAGUAUUGAAGAUAAAAUCAACAGUGCUCUUGGAUUUGAAGACCGCGCUGGAACAGGCCAGCCAUGUGGGCCAGAAGAGGGAUGCAAGAACUAUGGCAGUACUCCAUCUCUAUGAUCUAAUGGGCGAAGACGUCAGUGCUGUGGCUGCACUAAAGAAUCUCAAAUUAUAG